AAGCCGAAACACGACAGCACAGGCAUCUGCAUCCCAUAAAUACAACACUUGUUCCUCUCACUUCCCAGAUUCAGAAAAGAAAAAAAAAAAAAGAAGAAGAAGAAGAAGAAAAAAGAGGGUAUUCCCAACGAAGAAGGUAUGAGAACAAGCAACCACUUGAUCGGUGUCCUAAACUUCCUAACGUUCCUUCUGUCGAUUCCGAUCCUGGGCGGCGGCAUAUGGCUGAGCAGCCGAGCCAACAGCACCGACUGCCUGAGGUUCCUCCAGUGGCCGCUCAUCGUGAUCGGCGUCAGCAUCAUGGUGGUGUCGCUCGCGGGGUUCGCCGGCGCCUGCUACCGCAACACGUUCCUCAUGCGCCUCUACCUGCUGGUGAUGUUCCUGGUCAUCGCGGUCCUCAUCGGAUUCAUCAUAUUCGCGUACGUUGUGACGGACAAAGGGGGCGGUCGAAGAAUCACCAACCGCGCCUACUUGGAGUACUACCUUGAGGACUACUCGGGGUGGUUGGAGGAGCGCGUGGCCAGUGAUAGCUACUGGGGGAAGAUUAGUUCCUGCGUUAGGGAUUCUAAGCUUUGUGCCAAAAUGGGCAAGACCAUUAAUGGCGUUCCCGAGACUGCUGAUAUGUUCUACCUCCGACGGCUCUCGCCUGUUCAGUCUGGUUGCUGCAAGCCCCCAACAGAAUGUGGCUAUAUCUACCAAAAUGAGACAGUGUGGAACCUAGGAUCAGGUUUGAUGGCAGCCAACCCAGAUUGCACAAAGUGGAGCAAUGACCAAGAACAGCUAUGCUAUGCCUGUGAUUCUUGCAAAGCUGGUGUGCUGGCAAGUCUGAAGAAGAGUUGGAGGAAGGUCUCAGUGAUCAACAUUGUUGUUAUGAUAAUCCUUGUCAUUGUUUACAUAAUUGCUUAUGCAGCAUAUAGGAACAACCGCAGGAUGGAUAAUGAUGAACCCUAUGGUGAAGCCAGGAUGACAAAGGCACAACCUAGUGCAUUUCAUCUUUAGUGGCACUAUUUGGAUGCCAAAAAAAGGUUUCUGUGACAUGUCUUAGGAUUUUGAGCCUUAAGUAACUAGGUUGCUCUCAUGGUUUUCUAUCAAAGAACCGUAACAUGAAUUUGGUUUUAAUCUUGGAAGGCUGAAUGUAUUUAAUUAUUGUUAUAUUUGCUUGCUGUACAACUUCUGUUUUUGCUUUGAAGAUACUCAUUUUGUAUUAGUACUGACAGAUUAUUCAGAAGAAGAAAAAAGUAUUGAUAGAUUUGUAAAUUUGGAAAA